AUGGCGUGGAACGUGUUCCGCGUUUUAGCGGACCUUUCUCACCUCGGUUCAAUCUGUCUACUGAUCUGGGCCAUCCAUAAGAACAAAAGCGCCGAGGGUGUUUCGCUUCUCACACAGCUUCUCUAUGCAGUAGUGUUUGUGACGCGGUAUCUCGAUCUAUUAAAUCCGGAUACGUGGUCGGUACGGACAUACGGCAAGGCGGUCAUUUGGAAUGUCUCGUUCAAGCUUUUCUUCCUUGCCUCGGCCUUUUAUACGAUCUUCAUUAUGAUGAAGGUCUUCCCGCGCACGAGGGAGCGUGAACGCGCUUGGAAACUUGGGAUUUACUCCGUGCUUGUCUCCGUCGUGUUGUCGCCACUUGCAAUCCUGAUUUUCGAAAAGAAAUUCCCAUCUCACUGGUUCUUGGAGCUCCUCUGGGCCUUCUCCAUCAUCCUCGAAUCCGUCUGCGUCCUCCCGCAGCUGCUGCUCCUCCGACAAACCACCGUGCCCACUGUGAUUGACUCAUACUACCUCGCCGCACUGGGCUCCUACCGCGCCUUUUACAUCCUCAACUGGCUCGUGCGCGGCUUCGGGCGCGAGCACUACUGGGACCCGAUUGCGUUUGUCUUCGGCAUCGUACAGACAGCAUUCUACAUUGACUUCGCUUGGGUGUACUACUCGCGACAGCGGGUGAAGCUGCGCAACGGCGGCGUCGUGGACUCGGAGGACUUUAGCAAGAGCUGGCUAGUGAACCGGGUGGUGAAUUUCCGCGCGAAUCGCGCAUCGACGGAUGAGGAGCAGCACCUGCGAGAUGAGGAAGAGGGCGGCGAAGGCCGGGUUAAUACUAACCGGUGGGGUGCGCGGGGGAUCUCGAUUGCCGCGGAUGAUACGUUGGAGAACCAGGGUCGGCAUGGUGGUCACGAUGAGGAUGAGGACGGGAUUGAAGGUGUCUUGGCGGAUGAUUACCUGGAUGACCGCCAGCAUGCUCCGCGAACUCGCACGACUGGCUGA